AGACUUGCCGGAAAAAAAAAAAAGAGAUUUAGUUCUUCACUUCCCCGGCCCAUCCAGACAGGCCAAAGUCCUCUUAAACCGUUCAAACUUUUUUAUUUUCGCGGAAUAAUUUUCUGCCUGAGCUUUCUGAGUUUGGUGGCAGCCGACCAGCAGAAUGAAUCCUGGCCAAAUUCUGCAAGAGGCCCCCGUCCGAAAAAUUGCCAUCUUUGGCGGGACUCAUGGCAACGAGCUGUCGGGGGUGUUUUUGGUCAAAUCCUGGCAAGAAAACGGAGCAGAGAUCGAAAGACGGGGGCUGCAGGUACGGCCUUUCCUGGCUAACCCACGAGCGGUGGAAAAAUGCUGCCGGUAUAUAGACUGUGACCUGAACCGGGUGUUUGAUUCCGAAAAUCUUGGCAAGGACCUCAAGGAUGACGUCCCCUACGAGGUCAGGCGGGCCCAAGAAAUCAACAGCUUCUUUGGUCCAAAGGGCCAGCCUGGCGCUUACGACCUGAUCUUUGACCUUCACAACACAACUGCUAACAUGGGUGGGACCCUCAUCCUGGAAAGCUCCAGCGAUUGCUUUGCCAUUCAGAUGUGCCAUUAUAUACAGGACGCGGUGUCCCCAGACAGAUGUCCAGUCUUACUUCUCGAACACCCCAGCCUGAAAUACGCAACGACUCGAUCUGUAGCAAAACAUCCAAUUGGUGUUGAAGUCGGCCCUCAGCCUCAGGGCGUCCUGAGGGCCGACAUUUUGGAUAAAAUGAGGACGGUCGUCCGACACGGGCUGGAUUUCGUGGCAAAAUUCAAUGCAGGACAAGAAUUCCCUCCAUGCACCAUUGAGAUUUAUAAAUUAUUGGAGAAAGUUGAUUAUCCCAGGAACCAAAAAAAUGAGAUUAUGGCUGUCAUUCAUCCUAAUUUACAGGAUCGAGACUGGCAGCCGCUAAAUCCGGGGGAUCCCAUAUUUUGGACUCUGGAAGGAAAGGCCAUUGCGUACGAUGGAGAAGGGACGGUGUACCCAACCUUUGUGAACGAGGCCGCCUAUUACGAGAAGCAACAAGCCUUCGUAACGACGGCGAAGGAAAAAUUGAGCGCAAAAGGGCUCCGAGUCGCUUAAACCCGGAUUAUGUUUUAAACUCGAAAGUGCCUGAAAAUGUUUCUCAUCCAAGGUGGCCUAAAUCCAUCGUAGCUCCUAGGCCAGGAUUUCAAUUUCUCACUGUAAGACAGGGGUCAACAACCUUAAACACUCAGAGCUGCAAAGGUCCUAACCGGAGGCCCCCCGUUCAAUUCUGCAGCUGACCGGAAGUCCGGUUCUCCCCAUGAUAGAGUGUCCUCCUAGCAUGGUGUCCUUUUUCCCCUGCUGACAGGAAGUCCGCUUUCCCCCACCAUAGAGUCUCCUAGCGCAGCGUCCUUUUUCCCCUGCUGACGGGAAGUCCGCUUUCCCUCACCAUAGAGUCUCCUAGUGCAGCGUCCUAGUGCUGAUCGGAAGUCCGCUUUCCCCCACCAUAGAGUCUCCUCCUAGCACGGCGUCCUUUUUGCUCUACCUGUCCUAACCGAAAGCCCUAUCAA